UUCCUUUUCCGCGUCGGGGUGCGUGAUGACAUCAUUGUACGUCCGAAGAUCCCGCCUCUUAGCACGUCACUUUCUCUUUACUGCAGUUGUUGUGUCAGCGCAGCGUUCAUGCUGAGUUACACUUGAACCGGCUAAAACACAAAGAUGACCGCUCGGAUUAUGCAAGCGGCUCGAUGCCCGACAGAUGAGCUGUCGCUGACCAACUGCGCCGUCGUCAAUGAGAAGGAGCCACAUUUUGAACUACAUGUGACGGUGCGCAAUUUAACCCACAAGUACGUGUUCACCUUGAAGACGCAUCCCAGCGUCAACCCCGGGACGAUUGCCUUCAGCCUGCCGCAGAGGAAAUGGGCUGGCCUCUCAAUUGGACAAGAGAUUGAAGUAACAAACUACAAGUUUGACAAGUCCAAACAGUGUAUAAGCACCAUGACAGUGGAAAUUGACUUCCUGCAGAAGAAGAAUGCAGACAGCAACCCCUACGACUCGGACCACAUGGCCAGCGAGUUCCUCCAGCACUUCAACAACCAGGCCUUCAGCGUCGGCCAGCAGCUGGUGUUCAGUUUCUGUGAUAAGCUAUUUGGUUUGCUGAUAAAGGAUAUUGAGGCCAUGGACCCCAGCAUCCUCAAAGGAGACAACGCCUCUGCCAAGAAACCAAAGAUUGAGAUCGGUCUGUUGCUGGGAAACAGUCAGGUGGUUUUUGAGAAGUCAGAGAGCUCAUCCAUGACUCUGGUUGGGAAAGCCAAGACCCGAGAGUCUCGCCAGUCCAUCAUCAGCCCAGACUGGAACUUUGAGAAAAUGGGUAUUGGUGGCCUUGACAAGGAGUUUUCUGACAUCUUUCGCCGAGCUUUCGCCUCACGAGUCUUCCCUCCAGACAUAGUAGAACAGAUGGGCUGUAAGCAUGUGAAGGGAAUCCUGCUGUACGGACCCCCAGGCUGCGGUAAAACCCUGAUGGCACGACAGAUUGGCAAGAUGCUCAAGGCCCGGGAGCCAAAGAUCGUCAACGGUCCCGAGAUUCUCAACAAGUACGUCGGGGAGUCUGAGGCCAACAUCAGGAAGCUGUUCGCAGACGCAGAGGAUGAACAGAAGAGGCUCGGCGCUAACAGCGGCCUUCACAUCAUCAUAUUUGAUGAGAUCGACGCAAUCUGCAAACAGCGAGGCACCAUGGCAGGCAGCACGGGAGUCCACGACACUGUGGUCAACCAGCUGCUGUCUAAGAUAGACGGCGUGGAGCAGCUCAACAACAUCCUGGUCAUAGGUAUGACCAACAGGCCUGACCUGAUAGAUGAGGCUUUGCUGAGGCCGGGAAGGCUGGAGGUGAAGAUGGAGAUUGGGUUACCGGAUGAGAGGGGGCGCAUUCAGAUCCUCCACAUCCACACGGCAAAGAUGCGUCAGUACGACCUGCUGGCCGGCGACGUAGACAUCAAGGAGCUGGCCGUGGAAACCAAGAACUACAGCGGUGCCGAGCUGGAGGGUCUGGUCAGAGCUGCACAGUCCACUGCCAUGAACAGACAUAUCAAGGCCAGUAACACAGUGGAGGUGAACAUCGAGACGGCAGAGAAGCUGCAGGUCAGCAGGCUUGACUUCAUGGCCUCACUGAAUAACGACAUCAAACCUGCGUUUGGUACCAAUCAGGAGGACUACGCCAGCUACAUCAUGAACGGGAUAAUCCGAUGGGGUGACCCGGUCUCAGCGGUCCUAGAGGACGGGGAGCUGCUGGUGCAGCAGACGAAGAACAGCGACCGCACACCGCUGGUCUCUGUGCUGCUGGAGGGCCCACCUAACAGUGGGAAAACAGCGCUGGCUGCUAAAAUCUCUGAAGACUCCCAGUUCCCCUUUAUCAAGAUCUGCUCUCCUGACAAGAUGAUUGGACACUCUGAGAUCGCUAAAUGUCAAGCCAUCAAAAAGAUUUUUGAAGAUGCCUACAAGUCCCAGUUGAGCUGUGUGGUUGUGGAUGACAUUGAACGUCUGUUAGACUACGUCCCCAUUGGUCCUCGUUUCUCCAACCUGGUGUUACAAGCUUUGCUGGUGCUGCUGAAGAAACCUCCUCCAAAGGGUCGUAAGCUGCUGAUCAUCGGCACCACAAGUCGUAAAGACGUCCUCCAGGAAAUGGAGAUGUUGGAUGCUUUCAGCACAACCAUUCACAUUCCCAACAUCUCAAGGGGAGAGCAGCUGGUGGAGGCCCUGGAGCUGCUGGGCAGUUUUCAGGACGUAGAGCGGGCCAGCAUAGCUAAAGCCGUGAAGGGCCAAAGUCUGUGGAUCGGCAUAAAAAAGUUGCUCAUGCUGAUUGAAAUGUCUGUGCAGAUGGACGCGGGCUACAGAGUUAGCAAGUUCCUGAGUCUGCUGAAGGAUGAAGGAGCACUGGGUUCCAAUAAAUUUGUGGCCGUCUAGACUCAGUGGAUCCACGCAGUGAAAAAGAGGCGCCUUUCAACGUUGCUGAGGAACGGAGGCCCGACAGAAGCGGGCAGGAGGAAGUAAGCGAGAGAUCGUUUCCAUCUCUCUUCCCUCUGCAUCCUUCCUUUCCCAUCCCUGAAGCUCUGUGCGCUUCUCUCUGCACUGCAGCAACAAGCCAGCCGGCCUCCUCCCCUUCAGCACGACGUGAGCAUGUAAAAUGAGAGAAAAUGUAUCUGUGCAUAAUGCGUUUCCUGAAGACUAGUGCUGUUAUCUCUAUGUGAUGCCCCUAGCACUCCACUGGGAUUUUAUAUAUAAAAGAGUCAAGACUAAAAGAUCUGUUUACAUGGAACGUAGAUGUGCAUGCACAAACACUAAUCACAACACUGUUUGUUUAUGUAGGCCUUGUCCGUAUGACAGAUUUGUAAUUUGAUCAUUCCAUGACUUAAAGAUCUCACUUUGUCUUAUCAUGUGGUGUACUCGCCUGUUUCCGACCUUUUUAUUUUGUGAAUAAAUUAAUGGUAUCACUAACAGGAA